CACUGAAGUGCCCAGCGCUUGUACCGACCCGGCCGAGGCCGCCCUUUUAAAACCAUUCCCUCUCCCCCCGUCCCUCCCCAGAGAGAAAAAAGAUCUCCCCAUUUCUUCCCAACUCCAACACUACACCAAGCUUUUCUUCGACCCCGGAUCCCGCAUCCGGCCGUGGACUACCACCAGUCACCACCACCUGGCAGCACAAGCAACAUCCACCGCCAGCCAGCCACCCUCGUUAUCCAACGUCAACUUUUCUCCCUCGCCCGCAGGCACGAUAGAUAAGAGAGCAGGCACCGUCGCUGGCAGACUCUCUUGAGCCGCGCAUCCCACCUCCCGAUCACAUGCAACGAGCACAGUCGGCAGUGGAUUUCUCCAAUCUGCUGAAUCCCUCCGCUAGGGCUGAUAGUAACAACCUCGACAAACACAGACUGCAGGCAAACGACGCCGACAUGGCCAGCGCCGCCGUCACCGUCAUCAAGCCCAACGGGCCCAUCCCUGGCGCUCAGUCGUCGGACAGCUCUAACGAGCUGCCCCGCCCUUACAAGUGCCCACUUUGCGACAAGGCCUUCCACCGCCUCGAGCAUCAGACGAGGCAUAUCCGCACGCACACCGGCGAGAAGCCUCACGCUUGCCAGUUCCCUGGCUGCAGCAAGAAGUUUUCUCGCUCCGAUGAGCUCACCCGCCACUCGCGCAUCCAUAACAACCCCAACUCGCGGCGCGGCAAGGGCCAGCACCACCAUCAGCAACAGCUUCACCACCAUGUCCAGGGCCUACCCCCUCACCUGCAUCAUGAGGGCAUGAUGGCUCCUCCCCCUGCACCCAAGACAAUUCGUUCAGCCCCCGGCUCGGCUUUGGGCUCGCCCAACGUCUCUCCGCCGCACUCGUACGCCUCCUUCGCCCAGCCUCACCACCCGUCGAGCGUCCACAGCUACAACCGUAGCGGCGACAUCUCCAUGCUGGCCAAAGCUGCUACCCAGGUCGAGCGCGAGACGCUUGCUGCUCCCACGAGCCACCAUAAUGCCAGACACCACCCCUAUUACAGCCAUGGCAUGCCCGGUUCGAGGGGCCACCUGGCCGGGCUCUCUUCGUUCCACAUGUCCCGAUCACACUCCAACGAGGACCACAAUGAUGACCAUUAUAAUGGUUCCAUGAGACACGCCAAGCGCUCGAGGCCCAAUUCACCCAACUCAACUGCGCCGUCCUCACCCACCUUCUCGCACGACUCGCUGUCCCCCACUCCGGAUCAUACGCCGAUCGCUACGCCCGCCCACUCGCCUCGUCUUCGUCCCUUCUCGGGCUACGAGUUGCCGAGUCUGCGGAACCUCAGCCUCCAGCACAACACGACGCCUGCCCUGGCGCCCAUGGAGCCUCAUCUGGACACGCCCCCGUUUCCCCCAACGCUGGGCACCAACACUACUCGCAGCUCUGGCAUGUCCCUGACGGACAUUAUCAGCCGCCCCGACGGUAGCCAGCGCAAGCUGCCCGUGCCCCAGGUUCCCAAGGUAGCGGUUCAGGAUCUUCUAUCCGACAAUGGCUUCAGCAACAGCGGCAGGAGUUCGACGACGGGCAGCCUCGCAGGAGGUGAUCUCAUGGACCGCGUCUAGAGGACGCCCUGCCAUUACGACCAAGCUCCGCACGACAUGAUGACUUUGGGAUAUAGAGGAAUAGACAGAGUCGGCGUUUAUGGUUUUUCACACGAGCAAGGGUCGGAAUCCCUUCGCCUCGCUCCCAAGAGGAGAAUGGGUGGGACUGGACGGUAUUUGUAACGGUUGGACAGCCCGAAGGCUUAUAGACAUCACCACUUUUUUCCCCGGCGGACUAUUUUUUUUGACAAGUUUUCCUUCUUUUGUUUUCGUUUCAUUUGCACCGAAGAAGGGUGAGAUGGGGUAGUGAAGUGAUUUUGGGGGGUGUAAUCUGGAUUGCGGUUCUUUGUUGUGGACCUUCAUCACUCAGUCUUGGAACUGGCGGCGCCAAAAAAGAAAUCAUCUUGAAAGAAUGCAAUAGGGCAGGGCAAACAUGGUAUCUACCAGGCGUGAGGAGUGUUCCCCUGCAACGCUCCCAUCUUCACAAACAAUCAAACAAAUAAACCGUUAAUCACAC